AUGCAGCUUAUGUAUGAAGAAGCAAGUCAAGUGGCAAAUGAUGCAAUUGGUAGCAUCAGAACUGUUGCGUCAUUUUGUUCUGAAAAGAAGGUAAUGGAUGCGUAUGAGAAGAAGUGUGAAGGUCCACUGAAACAAGGAGUACGAUUGGGAGUUGUAAGUGGUACAGACUUUGGCGCCGCAUUUGUUGUACUGUUCUUCACAAAUGCAUCAAUUUUCUAUGUUGGAGCUCACCUGGUGAAAAGCGGGCACGCCACAUUUGAACAAAUUUUUAUGGUGUUUUUUGCUCUAACAAUUUCAGCAGUAGGAGUUUCACAAUCUACUGGCAUGGCUCCUGACUCCACCAAAGCCAAGGACUCAGUAGCUUCAAUAUUUCAGAUUCUUGAUAGCAAACCUAAAAUCGAUUCAAGUAACGAUGAAGGCAAAACACUACCGAGCAUUACUGGAGAAAUCGACCUUGAACAUGUCAGUUUUAGGUACCCAACAAGACCAGAUGUGCAAAUAUUCAGAGACAUUUGUUUGAAAUUCCCAUCUGGAAAGGUAAUAUGUUUGGUCGGAGAGAGCGGCAGUGCUAGAUCAACAGUAAUAAGCCUAGAGCGAUUCUAUGAUCCGGAUUCAGGUCGCGUACUAUUAGAUGGAGUUGAAAUCCACAAGUUCAAGCUAAAUUGGUUGAGACAACAAAUUGGCUUGGUAGGUCAAGAACCUAUUCUCUUUAGUGAAUCAAUUCGUACCAACAUUGCCUAUGGCAAGCAAGGAAAUGCAACCGAAGAAGAGAUCAUAGCUGCAACAAAAGCAUCAAAUGCUAACAAUUUCAUAUCUUCAUUACCUCAAGGAUAUGACACCUCUGUGGGGGAGCGAGGUGUUCAAUUAUCAGGUGGACAAAAACAAAGAAUAGCCAUUGCCAGGGCUAUACUGAAGGACCCCAAAAUCCUUUUGCUUGAUGAAGCUACUAGUGCACUAGACGCAGAGUCGGAAAGGAUAGUACAAGAUGCUUUGGAUAGAGUUAUGGUGAAUAGAACAAGUGUUGUUGCUCACCGCUUGACUACGAUAAAAGGGGCAGAUAUAAUCGCUCUGGUGAAGAAUGGUGUGAUUGCAGUGAAGGGAAGCCAUGAUUUUCUAAUGAAGAUUACUGAUGGAGCAUAUGCAUCUUUGGUGGCACUUCACGCUAGCGCAUCAUGA